AUGGCGGCGCUGGGAGAGCCGGUGCGGCUGGAGCGAGACAUCUGCAGAGCAAUUGAGUUGCUGGAAAAAUUACAGAGGAGUGGAGAAGUACCACCACAAAAGCUACAGGCUUUGCAAAGAGUCCUUCAAAGUGAAUUCUGUAAUGCUGUAAGGGAGGUGUAUGAACACGUAUACGAAACUGUGGAUAUCAGCAGUAGCCCAGAAGUUAGAGCUAAUGCAACAGCAAAGGCCACUGUAGCUGCAUUUGCUGCUAGCGAAGGUCAUUCCCAUCCCAGAGUGGUUGAACUACCCAAAACCGAAGAAGGUCUUGGAUUCAACAUUAUGGGAGGCAAAGAACAAAAUUCUCCAAUCUAUAUCUCUCGAAUUAUCCCUGGCGGUAUAGCUGAUAGACAUGGAGGCCUGAAACGUGGAGACCAGCUGCUUUCUGUAAACGGAGUGAGUGUCGAAGGUGAACACCAUGAAAAAGCCGUAGAACUGCUGAAGGCAGCUCAAGGAAAGGUUAAAUUAGUUGUGCGAUACACACCAAAGGUCCUGGAAGAAAUGGAGUCGAGAUUUGAAAAAAUGAGAUCGGCAAAACGCAGGCAGCAAAAUUAACAUUGUAUGCAAUAACUUAAAGAGAAAAUAUAUUCCAUUUACAUGUUAUAGUUUGCUUUGUUAUUCAGCUGACCCAAUGACUGGGCUACAGAAGACCCUGUCCUUUUCAUAGAAUCACAGAAUGAUUGAGGUUGGAGGGACUCCUGGAGAUCAUCUAGUCCAGCCCCCCCUGCUCAGUGGAGGCUUGGCUAGAGCAGGUUGCUCAGGACUGUGACAAGCUGGGUGUUUAAGCAUCUCCAAGAAUGGAGACUCCAGAAGAUCUCUGGGCAACCUGUUCUAGUGGUUUGAUUUCCCUCACACUACGAAGGUCCAUUCUUAUGUUUAAAUGGAGCUUCCUGUAUUUCCAUUUGUGCCCAUUGCCUCUUGUCCAGUCACUGGAUGCUACUGAGAAGAGUCUGGCUCUUUUUUUUACUCCUCCCUGUGCAGCAUUUACACGCAUUGGUAAUAUCACCCCUGAGCCUUCUCUUCUCCAGUCUAGAUAGUCCCACUUCUCUCAGCUUCUCCUUGUCUGUCAGAUGCUCCAGUCACUUAAUCACCUUUGUGGCCCUUCGCUGGACUCGCUCUUGUGUGCCCAUGUCUGUAUUGAACUAGGGAGCCCAAAACUGGACCCAGCACUUGAGUUGUUUCACCAGGGCUGAGCAGAGGGGAAGAAUCACCCCUCUCAAUUUGCUGGCAAUGCUCUUCCUAAUGCAGACCAGGAGACUGCUGGGCUUCUUUGCCACAAGGGCACACGGUGGCUCACGGUCAGCUUGGUAUGGUUCUCUGCAAGGCUGCUUUGCAGCUGGGCGGCCCCCCAGCCUGUACUGGUGCAUGGGGUUAUUCCUCCCCAGGUGUAGGACUUUGCACUUUCCUUUGCUGAACUUCAUGAGAUUCUUGUUUGCCCUUUUCUCCAGCCUGCUGAGGUCCCUUUGAAUGGCUCGCUGAGAGUGUGCUCUGUCCCGUCACCUGUGGUGUUUAUGAAAAUGCUAAACAGUAUGGACCCCAGUACAGACCCCUGAGGUGCAUCAGUAGUGACUGGCAUCCAGCAGGACUUUGUGCCACUGAUCACAGCAACCCUCAGCAGUUCAGCUGGUUUUAGAAUGUUUUCAGUCUCGGUGUGUUUCACAGUUUAAGAGGAAUGUGUACUUUUAAAAUGGCCUGAGAUACCCUGAAAAAGCAUAUAUGUUGAUAUUUCUAUUGAUUUUUUUGAUAAAUCUCUUCUGUGUCAGACCUUUAAGCAUGAAAGUGAAUUUACAGAUUUUUCAAAGGCAUUUAAUAAGACAUACUUGUACAAUUGGCAUCCCUUUUUUCCUGUUUUCUUCUGGCAUUACUUAACAUAGAAUCUGCAGGUUUUUUUGCCGAAUGAUUUUGGAAAAAAAGAUUCUUAUGUAGCAGUAUUUUGGCACUUUUCUUAAUAUGUUGUAUAUCAACUACAAAACCUAAUCAUGAUCUACUGUGUAGCUGAUAAUGAUACCAGAUUUUGUAAUGUUUUGGUGAGUACAUUAUUUUUACACUUCUGCUAAAUUGUAAUUCGUUACUCUGGAAAUUGUAUUACCUCGCCUGUAAAUAAUUUACAGUUGGUGUUCUCAUAUAAUGAUUUUGUAAUAGCCGACAUUUACAAAUUUGCAACAAUCAUUCCUGUAACUUAUAUUAUUUUGUACUAAUUUUAAAGCAGUUAAGGGGAAAUAUGUAAUUGUGUAUGCAGUUCUGGAUUGACUCUCUAGAUGUAUUUUUAUAUUCAGAAACAGAAGAUAUAUUAAUGUAGUGCAAAAGAAUUCCAGAUGUUUCCCUGACUUUCUGCUGUUUAAAAGAAAUAUUCAUCUUAAUUGUCAUACCUCUCUUGUGUUUUCAGUAUGUUCUAUUGUAGUCUUAUCUACAGACUGACUGUAUUAGUCUUGGAAUAGCUGGUACCUAAAUUAUUGAUUAUUACAUUUAUAAGAGUAAAAUGUUCUGAGGCUUAUAUGCCAGGUUACCGUGACAUGUGAACUUGUCUGGGGUUUUAUUACUGACUGCUUCUGACUUGGAGGAUUCUUGUUUGUACGACAGCAGUACUACAUCACCAUUGCUAUAAAACUUCAUGUGGAAUGGUGCUAUGGUGGUGGUAAUAAGGAAAUCUCCAGCUAUAAGCGAUUAGUGUCUUAUCUCAAGCGUGGUUGAUGGUGGCACGGUUUUCGUGUGCCGUUUUGCAGAAAACUUCUGGACAGAGGUCCACUACUUGGAAUCUACCAGGUUUGAGGCUGUACUUGUGUGGUUUAGGUUUUGGGGGUUUUUUGUUAUGGUUUUUUUUUUUAAGCUUCACCUUUUGGUAUAUAUCUAGAAUUAACUUGAUUGUCUACUGGGUGUCUGUUCACUUGUAUGGCAGCUAUGAGUGCAUCCUAAUUGACUGUUAGUAAUUUCAUUCUUAGAAGCUUAAACUGAAAAGUACAGUUCUUACUAUGGGGCUAAUCCCUAGUCUUUUCACAUGGAGCAGUAUGAUCCGUUGUGAAAUAAUUCAGUAUGUGAAAGAAAGGAAAAGGUUAGCAAUCUAAAAAUGACAGCAUGAAGUUUGUGCUUUGUCAGUUGAUCUAUUGGAAAAGAAAAAAAUGUGAUUGCUACAGGCAAGUGAGAAAUGUGAUUGCUUUCUGCAUGUUUGUAAGCAUGGUAAGCCUGCAAAGAGAAAUUUGGAUUUUAAAGAUACUGAUAGUUUGAAAAUGCAGUAUAAAUAUUUAUCAGUUAGAUGACAUUGAGCACUGAAUUGCGUGGUUGAUUAUGUGUCAUAGGCCUCUUUCAAAAGGCCUCAUGUUACUGAUACAACCAUGUUGUUGAAUUGUAUAUUUUUAUGGAACAACUGAUGUUUAAAGUGUUGAGACCAAAAUCACUAGUUAGACCAAUUGUGGAUGUGCUUUAAUUUAAUUGUAAAAUAGUAGAGAUUCGUUUUAGAGCUAUAUAUAAAUAUAUAUAUUAAAGAAAGGUAUGGAUACAAGAUAGAAAUGUGCAUUUUAAAACCUGCAUCCCUUGUGUUACUGAACAAAGCGGUGUGUUUUGUUACUCUACGGAAAUAUUUACUCUAGUGCAGCUAGAGCUGCUAAAUGCAGUAGCAUUUUCAUUCUGAAUUGUAGCAUUUGGAUACAGUUUGUCAACUACAAAAUGUGGGGAGGUGUAUCUGGGAAUAUAAAUUGUACAUGUAGAAUUUAAUAAGUUUUUAAAUUGCAAUGACAAAAAAAAAUCCAAUAAACAGACAACUCAUUAACAGUCAUCUUUAAUACUAUGAAAACCCUAUAAUAUUAAGGGAAGGAUGGAUUAAAAUAUGCCAAGAAACUUGAUCUCUGUUACUACUGAGCAGUGCCUGUACUGUGUUAAUAUGCAGUUCCUACACACUUGGCAUACUUGGGUAUGCAAACAGAUUAAGAAGAGGUAUCAUUUCUGCAGAUAACUUCUGCAUCUAUUGCUGCUGUGAGGGAUCUUUGGGUUUUAUCAACAGAAAAAUAAAAGUUAAAUUUCA